UCGUGAAAUCAAAAUGAUCACUCAGUUACAUUCACUACGAUGUCACUCAUCUCUCUCUAUAUAUAGGCUAUCUGUCUCUCUACUUCGUAAGUAUUUGCGUGGGUGGAACAAGUAAACUCACUCUCGGCGUGGAGAAGCCAGCUUGAUUUGUGUUAGAGAGUAAACGAUGGAGUUUGUUCGUAGUGAAUUAGUAGUCAGUAACGUAGCGACACAGAGGAGCCAAUGAGGCUGUCACCUCGUGUGUCUGAGCUGUCGAGAGAGAGAGAGAGAGAGAGAGAGAGAGAGGGAGAGAGAGAGAGAGGUUCGGAGCGCUGGAAUACGCAUCUCCAGAUUGUUUUAAACGCACACAGAAGGCUGCAGAGCGGGUAGAGGAGAGAGGUUGCACACCAGACCCAACCGUCGGCUUUAUAAAAAUAACCAAAAGAAGAGAUGAGAACAAACAAAAGACAACACAUAUGAGCAACAACUCAAGGUAAACGCAAAGGUGCAUUCGAUGCCAUUUUUUGGCUAGAAUGGUAUACUUCAUUCGCAGCUGACUGUUGAAUGAGCAUUCGUUGUAGCCUGAAAAGUGGAUUGGUUGGCAAAGGCAACCCCGGACGCGUAGUCUAUAUUACUGAAUUGACCUUUUUUUUUAAAUCAAGCUCGAAAAUAUUGUCUUUUGGCGGGAAACCAUAUUUUUUUGUGGAUGUACAACGACUGAUUUUGUCUAGUUUGGACUGGUUUUUUAUUCAAGCUUCCCAAGUGAUGAGGUGCUGAACUGAUAUCAUCGGAGGACCGACCCAUACCAAAAUUAAUUGCGUUCGUUGACGUCGGAAGAAGCACCGCUGCAAUCGAUGUGGGAUCGUAGCUUUGGGUUCCUUGAUAAGACAAAGAAAAGGUAUUAAUUUUAUAUUUUAAAGUGACUUGGUCGGGGCGAGUCGCGGUUACAGUGAACGCGCUGUUACUAUAUUUCCUUCUGCCCUAAGCCGCGUGCUUUCCCCGUACACCCUUUUUUUUAGUCUUUCGGCGCCGCAGUAUAAUCUACGAAAAAUGAGGCACAAAGGAAAAGGUCAAACUUAAAAGAAGACAAAAACGAAGAUAAAAUUCAAGGAAAAUGUGUUGAUUCUUUUCAACAAAUUCAGCUGUCGUUUUUCAAUUUUAAAACCGGAAAAGGAAAGUAAACCAAAGACUGAUUUAUUCCCGUGGAACCAUCUCAAAAAGUUCUGGCUUUCCGAGACAAAAGCAUCUCCCAGUCAUUUAGCUGGGAAGUGAAUUACCUCAUAAUUUAUUUUAUCGAAGUCAAGUCAACAUCGCUUUAAAUCCAAAGGAGACAAGUAUUUUUUCUCUCACUGUUAUACUGUGCAAAGUUUCGAACUGCGAAAGGAGUUUUCUUUUUUAUCUACAGAAAAAGAGCAGAGCUAGCACCUUUAAAUGGUGUUCAAUAAUUCUUGAGGCUUUAUCCUUUUUUUCCUCCUCCAAAUAUUUAGGAUUGGGGUAUUGUGAUCGCCGUUUUGUUGUUUUUAUGUGGAUUAUCGUUGCUGCAGUUACCUCAGACUGACCUCGACCUUCACAAAGUAGCACAGAACAGAAGGUUGGAACAAUGCCAGAUUCACCUGCUGAUGUCAAAACCCAGCCCAGAUCGACUCCGCCCACCAUGCCGCCUCCUCCCCCCGCUGUCAGCCAGGCAGCCAAUCGCAGCGCUUCAUUCACGCCCACCACCAUGCUGAACGGGACCAGCCACUCGCCCACGGCGCUCAAUGGGGCGCCGUCCACGCCCAACGGCUUCAGCAACGGGCCGGCCAUGUCGUCCACGGCCUCGCUGCCCACCCAGCAGCUGCCCCCGGCCUGCGGCGCGCGCCAGCUCUGCAAGCUCAAGCGCUUCCUCACCACGCUGCAGCAGUUCGGCAACGACAUCUCGCCCGAGAUCGGGGAGCGCGUCCGCACCCUGGUGCUGGGCCUGGUGAAUUCCACUCUGACGAUUGAGGAGUUCCAUUCGAAGCUGCAGGAGGCCACAAACUUCCCCCUGAGGCCCUUCGUCAUCCCCUUCCUCAAGGCGAACCUGCCCCUCCUGCAGAGGGAGCUCCUGCACUGUGCCCGGAUGGCCAAGCAGACUCCGGCGCAGUACCUGGCCCAGCACGAGCAGCUGCUGCUGGACGCCAACGCCAGCUCGCCCCUGGACUCCUCCGAGAUCCUGCUGGAGAUCAGCGAGCACGGCAAGAGGAGGACCCCCGACAGAACCAAAGACAGCAGCGCUGCAGACAGGGAGCCCAUGCACCUGGAGCACCAGCCCAAACGGCCGUGCACGGUGAGCCCCAGCCAGCGCUACAGCCCCGGCAACGGGCUGCCCCCCGCCCACCCCCACCCGCCCCCCAACGGUCACCCCGCGCACCCCCCGAACGGCCUGGCGCACGCCAGCCCCGCCGGCCCGCAGCACUACCGCCUGGAGGACAUGGCCCUGGCGCACCACUACCGGGACGCCUACCGCCACGCCGAGCACCGCGAGGGCCGGGACAGGCACCGGCAGGCAGCUGUGCACGGAGCGAGGCAGGAAGAAGUCAUCGAUCACCGGCUGACGGAUCGAGAGUGGGCGGAGGAGUGGAAGCACCUCGAUAACUUACUGAACUGCAUCAUGGACAUGGUGGAGAAGACGCGGCGGUCUCUGACCGUGCUGCGUCGCUGCCAGGAGGCCGACCGCGAGGAGAUGAGCCACUGGGUCCGCCGCUACAGCGACGUGGAGGAUAUGAAAAAAGGUGGGAGCUCUGCCCAGCGCCCUCCUCCUCCUCCUCCUCUUCCUCAUCCUCCUCCUCACAACUCCUCCACCGCCAACACUACCAUCAGCAGGGAGGCACAAGCGCUAGAGAUUCACCGGGACUUUUUGCACAGGCCGUCGUCCGGAUACCUGCCCGAUGAGAUCUGGAGGAAAGCCGGUCCGACAAGCGUCCCGCUCUCCCCAGCACUAAAGCAACUCCAGAGCAAACAGGAGGAGGCGGUGAACGAGGUGAAGAGGCAGGCCCUGUCGGAGCUGCAGAAGGCCGUGUCCGACGCCGAGCGCAAGGCGCACGAGAUGAUCUCGGCCGAGCGGUCCAAGAUGGAGCGGGCGCUGGCCGAGGCCAAGAGGCAGGCCUCGGAGGACGCGCUGACCGUCAUCAACCAGCAGGAGGACUCCAGUGAGAGCUGCUGGAACUGCGGCCGCAAGGCCAGCGAGACGUGCAGCGGCUGCAACGCGGCGCGCUACUGCGGCUCCUUCUGCCAGCACAAGGACUGGGAGAAGCACCACCACGCGUGCGGCCAGGGCCUGCAGGGGAGGCCAGGGGGCUCCGGGGUCCCCCAGGGAACGCCCUCCUCCUCCUCCUCCAUCUCCGCGGCGGCGCCCCCCACGCAUUCGGGGGGAGCCCCCCCGGCCUCGCUGUCCCUGUCCCUGUCCCUGCCGGGCCAGGCCGGCGGCGGGGGCUCGGCGGGGGCCAGCGUUUCGGGCAGCCCCAAGGAAGCCGGUUCUAGCAGCGCCUCCAGAUCCACGACCCCGGCCACGCCCGCCCUGCUGGACAGCGCCUCCCGCUGACAUCACACCCCGCCCCCCCCACCCCCCCCCUCUCCACAG